AUGACCUUAGAAAUUUCGAAAUUCACAGAAAAUUCAAAUGCUAAGUAGGCAAAGGCAAAGUAUUGCCUCCCUUAAAACCGUACAACUUUUGUAUUAAACAAUUUUUCAUUAGACGAAUAAUUUAAAAGUUUUUUCAGGUGUGCAAAUUACAUGAAUCAUCCUGUAUUUAUAUUAUGUAUAUUAUUAAUUACAUGUCAUUAUGUGCAAUUUUGCAUUUCAAAAUUUUUUUUGAAUGCAUAAAAAUUUGCAAACUAACAAUGGAAAGAUGAAACUAUCUUUUUAUUUGAAUGUUACAAAUUCAAACGUUUUUAAAACCAUUAAAAAUUUCUUUUUAUGAUUGAAAUUAUUACGGAUUGAUGAUCGGAUACAAUAACCUUUUAAAACUUGAUUUUGUCGCUGUUUUAUUAAAUUUUGAAAUUUCGUCGUCUUAGGCGAAAAUUCAAAAAUACCGAAUUUUUCAAGGUUUCAAACAAUUUUCUAAUAUUUUUAAAAACAUUUGAAUUUAUAGCGUUUUCGAGAAAAGAAAUACCUUCAUCUCUCCACUUACUACAUUUUUCUUUUUCAAAUAUCUUUGAAAAAAAUGAAUCCAGGAUAGUGAAAGUGGGAGCUUUGCGCCUUAAAACGAGUCCGAGUGAAUUGUUGUCUUUUCUCAUAGCGCGACAACAGCUUUGAAUAUUAACAAUUCUUACAAAGAUCAAAAAUUUAGCGUUCAAAUAUCUAUCUGAAAAAAAAUGUUAUUAUUUAUGCACUUGUGCGAUCUGGCAAUUUAAAAUUUCUCACGCGUAAAAAUUCGCAGUCUAACGACAGCAUAUUUAAGUAUUUUUAACAACAUACCAACCAACGCAAUCACAACGAAACUUUGCUUAUCCGGCAAACUUUUGUUUCAGCAAUCAUAACUAAUGCCUGCAGGCGCAGUGGCAGCGAAAACGACAACCAGGUGUCGAGGAUUCCGUCGACCUUGAGCGUGGCAGCCGUCGAUGUCGUCGUUGCCUGUCAACCGUCACCGUCGCAUUCCAUUUUAACCUUGACACCUGGUAGAACACGAAACAUCGAUCAGGAUAUGGAGGCGCUUAGGCUAAGUCGACAGGAUAAUCCUUUCCUACAGGAACUGGGCGACACCGACCCCUUAACCUUAGCCCAAGUGCACGAGCACCUGGUACGAAGUCCACCGCCCGCAUCGUGGCCCCACACCACGACCUUUCAUUUCCCUCAUCAAAACCAGAGCUCGUCCGGGAAGAGCGACGUGCUGGCUCACUAUAAAAGUCCGUCGAAGGCGACCUCGUGUCGUGGCAACGAUCACGAGCUGUCCAGAAGCGAACCAUCCACGGAUAUCAGAGAUCGCCACUCGCACACAUUCUCGUUGUUGCACCCAACGCCGAUUCGUUCACUGUCGGAUGUUCGACGGCUUCACAGAUCGGCAGACGACAGCGUGCAACUGAUGUCGAGCGAAUAA